AUGGUGGCAUAUGGAGACUGCUUAGGAUAUCUUACAUAUUAUCUGAGUAAUCAUUUCAAAGGAAUGCCAUUUCGUCAUGUCAUAACAAACUUUCUAAUUCACGGAGGUGAUUUUGAUUUCGAUGGAGCUGCCCAAGAAUGGAUGCUGAAAGCCAAAGCCAGUGGGAAAAAUGAUCUCGGUCCAAAGCAUGAGGCAUUUAUGAUUGGGACCGCAAAGAAUCGUAAUAAUAAAGGAUUUGAUUUGUUUAUCACGACUGCUCCAAUUCCUGACUUGAAUGACAAGCUUGUUGUAUUUGGGCGAGUUAUCAAGGGAGUGGAUAUUGUUCAGGAGAUUGAAGAAGUCGACACUGAUGAACAUUAUCAGCCAAAGAGCCCUAUAGGCAUCAUUAAUAUCAUGUUAAAACAGGAGCCUUGA